AUGAAUGUUGCCUCCACAUACCACCAUAUCAGCAGGGAGGAAAUGAGAGAGUUAUUGGGCCAAUACAUCUCAGACACCCUCAGCUAUGUCUACACAGUGAAGGAAUUCUGUGACAGGCAUCCAAGGUGGAUCCUGCAGAGAAAGGAGGAACAAUCCAAGAUGAAGAACAUCAAGGAAAUGUCAGACAGAAUCCAUCUUAAAUUCAGCCGAGUCUUGAAUGCAGAAGACAAGACCAAGGCAUUAGGAGAGUUCACAAAAGACUAUCUGACCCAGGUGACUGCAAACCGUAGGCUUAAGGAGCUGGAGAAGGAGCUGGAAGCUGUACUGAAGGACACUCUCAAUGGGCUGGAGGAGCUGGACUGCUUCAUGGAUGCUGUGGAGAGGCUGGUGGUCACCUCUCUGUUUGUAUUUGCUGAUGAAAACCGGUUGUGUCCUCUGCCUCAGGGGAGGGAACAAGCAAGUGUCCGAGCUGUCAUCACCUCCGCUAGAAUGGCCUGUCCUCUCCUCAUCCACUUUAAGAGGGACGCAUCGGCCUUCUUUUCCCCAUGCCUCCUCAAUGUGGAGGUGCUGCACGUAUACUUGGAAAAUUACAUGAACAUCUCUGAGCAGCUGUGUGAGAGAAUGGGAUUGGGAAAAACGUAAGUCAUUUAUCAAAAAACAUUUUGCAGAGAGAAGAAUGACAACUUGAUGAGUGACACCAGCCCUGAAGUGAAUGAAAAGUCCAUGCAGAACAUGUUUAACCAUUUGCGGCAUUUGAGUGAUAUCAGGAUGGACCAGCACCUCAGACUGACGUUCCUGUUCCAGGAGUCUGCCCUGCGCUUCAUUGGUCUGUUCAGUCAGUGCCACUCCAGAAUGCUGGACUUUAUAAAAGAGCUGGAAAGGAGAGCUGGCAAACUAGAUAAGAUGAAGAAAGGGGGUUAUAUCUCCAGUGUGGUAGGCAGUGCAGUGGGGGCAACAGGAGGGGCUCUGACCAUCGCAGGCCUUUGUCUUGCCCCUGUUACUGCUGGGCUGUCACUGGGGCUCACCAUUGCAGGGAUUGGAAUGGGUGUGACCAGUGGGGUCAACAGUCUAACCACCGGUGUUACAAAGGUGGUGUUUAAAAGCUACCAAAACAAUAAAGCCAAUACAAUCUUUCAAUGUUUCAUGGAGGACAUGCAAAGACUCCAUGGUAGUCUGGAGAAGGUGGCCAGCAACAUUUGCCCUUUGGAGCCGAAGGUGGUGGCAUUAGUGGUUGGGAAGAAUAUAGGCAAAGGUGGUGCGAGUUUAGGAAAGAAGAUCAAUGGCAUAGUAAAAAAUACCUCUGCAAUAGAGGCCUUAAUGGGAAAAGGCGUGGUUAUAGGUGCAGGCAAGGUGGGACUCCAAGAGGGCAAAACAUUUGCUGCAGAUUUACCUGACAUUGGGAUGUUGGCCCAAGGCACUCCACUCGCCCUCUCUAGGACAUUAAGGCGAUGCGCCGUGGCCUCAAAUGCCCUAUUCAUUGGCCUGGACAUCAUCACUAUCUGUAAAGACAGUGUCAGCCUCGCCAAAGGCAGCAAGAGCAAGAGAUCCCAGCUCAUCCGAGCCAGAGCAGCACUGUGGCGCACAGAGAUCGACUCAUGUCAGAGGAUCCAUGACUCACUGUGCCGAGGCAUCUGGAGGUUCAGAAAGAGUCAGCGAAUCCUGGAGAAACCCUUUUACCUUGUGAAGGAGUUUGAAAGUCUAGAGCCGCUUGUGCAGAUGGGACUAAUGGAGCAGCCUGAAGAUGAUAUAGAAACUCUGGUGAAGCCUAUGGAGGAGACGAGACUCCUGGGGCAGCCUAUGGAGGAGACGAGACUCCUGGGGCAGCCUAUGGAGGAGAUAGAAAAAGAGAAGUCUGACAAAAUCAUCAUUAGAAAAACAUUUUGCAGAGAGAAGAAUGACAACUUGAUGAUUGACACUGACGUGAAUGAAAGGUCCAUGCAGAACAUGUUUAACCAUUUGUGCCAUUUGAGUGAUAUCAGGAUGGACCAGCACCUCAGACUGACGUUCCUGUUCCAGGAGUCUGCCCUGCGCUUCAUUGGUCUGUUCAGUCAGCGCCACUCCAGAAUGCUGGACUUUCUAAUAGAGCUGGAAAAGAGAGCUGUCAAACUAGAAGAGAUUAAGUUUGGGUCUGAUAUCUCCAGUGUGGCAGGCAGUGCAGUGGGGGCAACAGGAGGGACUCUGACCAUAGCAGGCCUUUGUCUUGCCCCUGUGACUGCUGGGCUGUCACUGGGACUCACCAUCGCAGGGCUUGGAAUAGGUGUGACCAGUGGUGUCAACAGUCUAACCACCGGUGUCACAGAGAUCAUGUUUAACAGAUACCACAGUAAGAAAGCCAAUACAGUCUUUCAACAUUUCAUAGAGGACAUGCAAAUACUCUGGGGGAGUAUGGAGAAGGUGGCCAGCAGAAUUCUUCCUGUUGUGCGGCAUAACAGGCAGGCAUUAAUGGUUGCGGUGAUUAUGGGAAAAGGUGGUGCGAGUUUAGGAAAGAACAUUAAUGCCAUAGUGAAAAAUACCUCUGCAAUAGAGACCUUAAAGGGAAAAGGUGUGGUCAUGGGUGCAGGCAAGGUGGGACUCCAAGAGGGCAAAAAACUUGCUGCAGAUUUACCUGACAUUGGGAUGUUGGCACAAGGCACUCCACUCGCCCUAUCUAAGACAUUAAGGCGAUGUAACGUGGCCUCAAAUGCCCUAUUCAUUGGCCUGGACAUCAUCAAUAUCUGUAAAGACAGUGUCAGCCUCGCCAAAGGCAGCAAGAGAUCCCAGCUCAUCCGAGCCAGAGCAGCAUUGUGGCGCACUGGCGUGACACGCACAGAAAUCAACUCAUGUCAUAGGAUCCAUGACUCACUGUGCCGAGGCAUCUGGAGGUUCAGAAGGAGUCAGAGAAUCCUGGAGAAAGCCUUUUACCUCGUGGGGGAGAUAGAGACUCUGGAGCCACCUUUGGAGAAGAUGGGACUCCUGGAGCCACCUGAUGCCCUUCAGUCACCUACAAUCAUCCAGCUGAUGCCCCAGCAUGAGGAUGGUGAUGAAGAGGAGAGGAAUGACAUCAUCAUGUGA